AGCCACGGUCACUCUGAUUCUCCGGCAAAACAAAACAAUAAAUUCGAAAUGUCUGACGCUGUCGACAAAAUGUUGGCGGGAAUGGUAGCCAAUCGGCAGACCUUGAACAGGCAGUUGUCCCAGAUAGACGAGAUAAUGGAGCGAUCUAACAACACGCUGCUCCACAUUGAGUCCAUUAGCAAGGCUCUCGCUCAGAAUGUUGGUCCAACAGAGUCCCAAAAAGUGUACAAUGUAACGCCGAAUUGUGAGCUGGCCCUGUCCAAGAUCCUGGAGAACUUCAAGAUCCUGAUGCGAAGCAGCGACCAGCGGGAAGAGGAUUAUAGCCCUGUGGAAGUCUGUCUGGCCUACAGGCACCGCGUGGAGCACCUCGGAAGCUCCGUGCGCAAGCUGGUGGCCCUCCACGAUACCGUCGGCCAGAUGAGAAAUCUCCAGGAGGAGCAGAAUGCCAGUGAGGAUUCGCCAUAACUCUUGGAUUAUAUCUAUGAUUUUAUCUAUAAGCAUCUAAUUUAAAAAAUGUAUAUCAUUGCCAUAUUUUUAACAAUAAAAGCGAUUGCCAAAAUUAA